AUGAAAUUAGAUGUCGUUUGUUUAUUCGCGUACUUAUAUUUUUUCUCUCACAUGUAGUGAUCCGCCGACAAAUUUUAACCAAUGAUUCAACUGAGAGGGAAUCAAGACGAAUUCAAAAACAACGAAACAAAGUUUAAUUUUGGAUACAAUGCCGUCAAAUGUUGAGAUAAAGGCCAAGGUCAAAGAUGUAGAACAACUCAAGAAAGUUGCAGCUCAGUUGAGUGGUGGUGAACCAACAAUUAUAGAACAGGAAGACACUUUUUUCUAUGCCCAGAAUGGUCGGCUGAAGUUGAGAAAAUUAAAGGGUCAACAGUCACAGCUGAUCUUCUAUAAGAGAAGCGAUGAGAGCGGUCCAAAAUCCUCCGACUAUAAUUUCUUUCAUACUGAUGACCCAGAUAGUUUAGAGACAACUCUACAGUCAGCACUUGGGGUGAAGGGAAAAGUAAAGAAAACACGGUUACUUUACCUGGUCGGCCAAACACGUGUACAUGUAGACAAUGUUGAAGGACUUGGAAACUACAUGGAACUAGAGGUAGUAAUGAAAGACGGACAGAGUGUAGAAGAGGGACAAGCUAUCGCUAAUGAUCUGAUGACAAAACUAGACAUACAGGAGUCUGACCUGAUAUCUGGUGCUUACAUGGAUUUAAUAUUGAAAAAUAAACAACCGAGAUAGAUA